UGUGUGUGUGUGUGUGUUUGUGUGUACAGUAUGUUACGCAUGUAGUCAAAUGAUAAAUGAUUGAUGGAGGGAAGGAAGUCCCUGUCAAGUGUUGCCUCACUUGCGGCAGCACAUCUGAUGACAGGGGGGAAUCACGCUCACAUGCACAACACCCUUGAAAUACUUCUUGUGACCACAUGAAUGGUCAUGUUGCUGAAACCUGGACAUGGCUUGAGGGCUGCUGUUUUAGGAAAUGCCUUUGACAAGAGCAGGAACUCGAAUGUCCCGCGGCGUCUGCUCGGCGACUGCCCCGUGCUCCCCAAUGGCCGGGAGUUGACACCGCCCUCCGCGACGAUGCUGCGCGAGCAGCUUAGGGAGAAGAUCUCGGCGGCAUUCUACCGCCACGGACUGUUGUGCGCAACCUACCCGGUGCCCAUCAUCCUGUUCACUUCAGUCAGCAUCCUCACCUGCUGCUACCCGUUACUGAGGCUCCCCCUCCCCGGCACAGGUCCCGUGGAGUUCACCACAAGCGUGCGGGACUACAGCGUUCCUUCCCGCGAGCCUCAAGGAGACCUCGGAGAACGGCCUGACUGGUACCAGGGACCUCCGGUGGCGUACAUUCAGCAAGUGUUGGUGAAGGCGGCGGUGGUGCCAUGGGACAACAGCCUGGUGCCGGUGGACGUGUUUCGCUCGCCGCUGGGGCGAGUCUUCAGCCUGCUGGACGAGAUCCGCAACCACGUGCACACCGACAGCUCGGGCGUUCGCAGCCUGGAGUCGCUGUGCCUGCAGGUGGCGGACUUGCUGCCUGGUUUGCGGCGGAUGCAGUCGGUGCUGCCGGAGCACGGCUGCCUGCUGGUCUCACCCGCCAACUACUGGCAGAACCAACGCGAGCUCUUUGACACCGACCCCAACCUCUUGAAGACCGUCCAGAAGCACGAGCCCAAAGGCCUGCACACCUCGGCCACGCUCAGAGACCUCCUGUUCGGCGUUCCAGGGAAGCUCACGGGCGUCAGUCACUACAACAGGAAGAGGGUGGUCACCUACACCAUCAGCAUCGUGCUGUCCAGCUAUGACGCAAGUUUCCUGGGCAGCCUUCGCACUCGCCUGAAGCAGCUGCACCCGUCCACCAACUGCACCGGCCUGAUGAACGAGCGCAUGGUCCACGUGCACUUCAAGGAGGAGAUCGGCGUGGCCGAGCUCAUCCCGCUCGUCACCACCUACAUCAUCCUCUUCGCCUACAUCUACUUCUCCACACGAAAGAUCGACAUGGUCAAGUCCAAGUGGGGUCUAGCUUUGGCAGCUGUGGUUACCGUGCUGAGCUCACUGCUCAUGUCGGUCGGCCUGUGCACGCUCUUUGGCCUCACGCCCACUCUCAACGGAGGGGAGAUCUUUCCAUACCUGGUGGUGGUGAUUGGUGUGGAGAACGUCUUGGUCCUCACCCAGUCUGUGGUGUCCACGCCGGUUGAUCUGGAGGUCAAGCUGCGCAUCGCUCAGGGCCUGAGUAACGAGAGCUGGUCCAUCAUGAAGAACAUGGCCACCGAGCUGUGCAUCAUCCUCAUUGGAUACUUCACGCUCGUGCCAGCCAUUCAGGAGUUCUGCCUGUUUGCCGUGGUGGGGCUGGUGUCCGACUUCUUCCUUCAGAUGUUCUUCUUCACCACCGUGCUGUCCAUCGACAUCCGUCGCAUGGAGCUGGUGGACCUGCACGGGCACAUGCGAACCGAAGACAGCCUGCCGGCGACCAAGCCCUCCCCUUUGCGAACGCGGUCGGCGCCUCCUCCGCCGCGGCCCCUUCCUCACACCAUCACAUUACAGACCCCCGCGAGGAACCUGCGCCCCCCCAAGAGGCUUCGACUUGUCUACUUCCUGGCACGCACGCGCCUGGCUCAGCGCAUCAUUAUGGUCAGCACGGUGAUCUGGAUCGGCAUUCUGGUCUACACCGACCCGGCCGGCGUGCGCACCUACUUGGCCGCGCAAGUGUCGGAGCAAAGUCCCCUGGGAGACGACGGGGGCGGAGGUCUGACCCCCCACCUGGAGGUGGCGCCCGUCUUCCGCGGAGGAGAUCCGACCAGCACCCUCACCGACCGCCUGGCGCCGGACCCGACGCCUUUACCUGACAACCAACCGCAGGGCCCACCGGACUCCAAAGCAGAACCCCCGCCCCACUCCCCGCCGGCUGUACCCCAGAUCACCUGGGGGGCUGAAGACGAGGAGGGCUGGAGGAGACUCUCAUUCAGACACUGGCCUUCACUCUUCAGCUACUACAACAUCACGUUAGCGAAGAGGUACAUCAGCAUCUUGCCCGUCAUCCCCGUUGCCAUUCACCUAAGCCCUCAGGAAGCCAUCGAGGGGCGCCACCCUCAGGACACCCAGCACCCAAUGCCGCCCAUUCCCAAGGUGGCGGCGGAUCUCCAGCCGGACCUGACACUUUACAAGGUGGCGGCGCUGGGCCUGGCAGCCGGCGUCCUGCUGGUUCUGCUCCUUCUUUGUCUCUACCGGCUUCUGUGCCCGCGAAACUACGGGCAGAACGGCGGGCGGCGGCGCCGAGGGGACCGGCCGUGCGACGGCUACGGAUACUGGCCGCCCGUCAGCGAGAUCUCGCCGCUCCUGUUACGGGGCCACAGCAUGGACAUCGAGUGUCUGGCCAGUGACGGGAUGCUGCUGGCCAGCUGCUGCUUGGCCGGACAGAUUCGUGUGUGGGAUGCCCAGACAGGAGACUGCCUGACUGUCAUUCCCAAGCACGGGCGGAGGCGGAGCAGCAGCAUGGACUGCUGGGUAAACUUCAGCUCAGAGGGUCCCGACCCCUCCCUGAGCGGCGACAGCCUGUCUGAGGAUGAAGGCCAUCAGGUGAGGCACCGCACCACCCCCAGCCGGCCGCCCCUCUUCAAAGACCAGCCGGACCUGACGCCGCUCAUCGAAACCAACUUCGCCUCCACGCCGACCUGCCCCAACGCCGCCAGGCCCACCAGGGACGGUUUCCACUACGGCGACCUGGUGGCGGACGCCUACAUGGCGCACAAGCCGCCCUCGCCGUCGAACUUCUACUCGCCCUCCUCGUCCUCGCCGCCUUCCACCGCGCCGCCCCACAGUCGCCCCAGUUUUGGCGACGCCUUUGACGUGACGCCCCCGGACUUGGGCGGCGGCUCGGUGUGGGCGCUGGAGCUCAGAGGGAAUCUCAUAGCUGCUGGGCGGAGCAAUGGCAAACUGGAGCUGUGGGACACCACUGACGGCCGGCUGCGCUGCUGCAGCGAGGGCGUGAGUGCAUCCGGCAUCACGGCGCUGGCCUUCCUCAACAACAGAAUCGUGGCGGCGCGUCUGAACGGCUCUCUGGACUUCUUCAGCGUGGACGUCAACAAACCUCUCGCGCUGCUUCAGUACCGAGGCACACCAUGCCGGGCUGGGGUCCCCAUGUCGCCCUGCUACAGCAGCGAAGACGCCAUAAGCUGCCAGCUAACGCGCUCGGUGCAGUGCGCCCACCAGAAGCCCAUCACGGUCUUGAGGGCCGCCGCCGGCAGGGUGAUCACCGGGAGCCACGAUCACACCGUGCGGGUUUAUCGUCUGGAGGACUCUUGCUGCCUCUUCACACUGCAGGGCCACUCGGGAGGCAUCACCGCUGUUUACAUCGAUGAGACGAUGGUCCUGGCGAGCGGCGGCCAGGACGGCGCCAUCUGCCUCUGGGACGUCUUGACGGGCAACCGCGUCAGUCAUGUUUACGGUCACCGCGGCGACGUCACCUCCCUGGUGUGCACGCCGCUCUGCAUCAUCAGCUCGGGUUUGGAUGACCUCAUCUGCGUCUGGGAUCGCAGCACCGGCAUCAAAUUGUACUCCAUACAGCAGGAGGCCGGCUGCGGUUCCAGCCUGGGUCUCAUCUCGGACUCUCUUCUGGUGACUGGCGGUCUGGGCUGCGUCUCCUUCUGGGAUUUGAACUACGGAGACUUGAUCCAGACGGUCUACUUGGGUCCAAGUAGCGACGGUCAGGGCGUAAGGCAGCUACUCGUCCUCAACAACGCCGCCAUCGUGUGCGACUUUGGCAGUGAGCUCAGUCUCGUCUUCGUACCGUCGGUUCUAGAGAAAUUGGACUGAAGUCUGAGAGCUGAUCUUUGAUUUCACGCCCUGUAUGCUGCUUGACCCGGGAAAACUCAGCCCGCCCUCAAAGAUAGCUGAAAAAAAAAAAACAACCCUGCUGCCUGUUCGCAUCAUGUGCGAACGUAUGACCUGCUGCCAACUAUAUACACCUCCUGGGGGCGCUGUUUGUUACAUAUACAUCAUUAUUUAUUAGAGGUACAGUACUUGAGAUCUUUACUAUGGAACUUGGGAGACAUCAACGUCAUAUUUUUAUUUUUUUUUUUUUAGCCUUGUGUGUAGUAGCUACAACAUAGACUUUGUACAAUGCAUACCUGGCAUGCCCAACUCUAUUUUCGCACCGCCCCGCAAGGACAUCUCUGUGGCAAUGCCAUGCACAGGUUGCCUUUCCAGUCACGUUGUUUUGAAAUUCUGCUGGUCGCUGUUUUUACUUUCCGGAACAAGGAUCAAAGC